CCUUUGGGGGUGUUUCUUCCUUUUACAUUUAUAUACAUCUAGAGCUUCCGUCUGGUCCGGUCUUGACUUUGACCGUCCUUUUGCUAUGUUUUGGUGUCUGUUGGAUCUAUCUUGUCCUGGGGAGUUUGGUGUGUACGCCGCUGCUUGGGCUUUUCUUACAAAUCUUCAUAUCUAUCUGCUUAUCUUCUGAUCUACUGAUCUACUUACGGGUCUAUGUAAUGUCUUCCGAGCUGCUCGGGAUGUUCGGACUGUGCGGGAUGUUUGUCGGCGUGUGGCGUUCUGCACUUUCGUUUCCCCGUGGCUUUCUUUGCUUUUGCUUUUGCUUUUGCUUUUGCUUUUGCUUUUGCUUUUGCUUUGCUUUUGCUUCUUGCUUUUGCUUCUUGCUUUCUGCUCUUUACUUUUUACUUCCGGCGCCGCAUGGAUAUGGGCAAUGUGCAAUAGGCAUGGUACGGGAUGGCAGGGCAUAUCAGGGCAUGUAUUUUUAUCACAACUGCGCAGUGCGAACUUCGGAUUGGGACGCAGGUGUUUGCCGGAGCCACGGAGGAGUGGAUGAAGCAGAGAAUGAAGGAGUGAAUGAAGGACCCUCGCAUACGGUAUCCAGUGGGUGCUACUCUACUCUACCGUACCUACUCUACUCUACUGCAGUGAUCAUUGACGGAGCAGUGAUCGGUGAUCAUUGAAGCGUGAAACAACCGUGCCUAUCCGCUCUGCUCCUACUCCUGCUGCGGACACCGACAAGGACCCGGACACGGCUGUGGCUGCUUCGAGGUAGCGAGUCGAGGUAGCGAGUCUCAAUCGCCA